GCUGACGGGGCGGGCGGGAGGGCAGCGAGCUCCCGCGCCCCGAGGCGAAGUUUCCGGAGCUCGCCCGGCUCCCGCCGGCGGCUGCGCUCCAGCGCCCCUCCACCCCCGCAGCCCCCUGGCCGCUGUGGCUGCUCCGCCCUCGGCCGCCGCCUCCCGCCCCGGGACCCCACCGGUGGAUGCCAUUUCUGCAGCACCUGGCGGCCGCCUGGUCCGAGGCACCUGGCCGACUGGACCCUGCCCUCCGGCCUUGGGGGCCGCAGCGUUUCCCGCUGGCCUGGAGGAGGAAGAGGACCUGAAGCCCGCCCCGCCUUCCCGGGGCAAGGACCAGGGGCCGCCGGCACCAGCCAUGGGGGGCGGCGAAGCGAGAAGUUUGCUCUGGACCUUUGGCCUGUUCUUCCCUUUGCUGACGGCGAGCCCGGCGGGCUGCAGUCAAGGCUCCAGCAACCAAGUGGUGUUGCUUGAUACUACAGCUGCACUUGGAGAGCUAGGAUGGAAAACCUAUCCUUUAAAUGGGUGGGAUGCCAUAACUGAAAUGGAUGAACACAAUCGUCCCAUUCACACCUACCAGGUAUGUAAUGUAAUGGAACCAAACCAAAACAACUGGCUUCGUACAAAUUGGAUCUCCCGUGAUGCAGCCCAGAAAAUUUAUGUGGAAAUGAAGUUUACCCUAAGGGACUGCAACAGCAUUCCAUGGGUAUUGGGAACGUGCAAAGAAACUUUUAAUCUUUACUACAUGGAGUCAGAUGAGUCCCAUGGAAUUAAAUUCAAGCCAAGCCAAUACAUUAAAAUUGAUACUGUUGCAGCUGAUGAGAGUUUUACCCAGAUGGACUUGGGUGACCGCAUCCUUAAACUCAACACAGAAGUUCGUGAGGUUGGGCCAAUAAACAGAAAAGGAUUCUAUCUUGCUUUUCAGGACAUUGGAGCCUGCAUUGCUCUGGUCUCUGUCCGCGUUUACUACAAAAAGUGCCCUUUUACAGUUCGUAACUUGGCUAUGUUUCCUGAUACUAUUCCAAGGGUUGAUUCUUCCUCUUUGGUGGAAGUACGGGGUUCCUGUGUGAAGAGCGCUGAGGAGCGGGAUACUCCAAAAUUGUAUUGUGGAGCAGAUGGGGAUUGGCUUGUGCCUCUUGGGCGAUGCAUCUGCAGUGUAGGAUAUGAGGAAGUGGAUGGUUCCUGCCAUGCUUGCAGGCCAGGAUUCUAUAAAGCAUUUGCUGGAAAUAUAAAGUGUUCCAAGUGCCCUCCACACAGUUUAACCUAUGUAGAAGCAACUUCUGUCUGUCAGUGUGAAAAAGGUUACUUCAGAGCUGAGAAAGAUCCACCAACUAUGGCAUGUACCAGGCCACCUUCUGCUCCACGGAAUGUGAUUUUCAAUAUUAAUGAAACAGCUCUUGUGUUGGAAUGGAGCCCACCUAGUGACACAGGGGGGAGAAAAGAUCUAACCUACAGUGUCAUCUGUAAGAAAUGUGGAUCAGACACCAGCCAAUGUGAGAUAUGCGGUGGAGGUAUCCGUUUCAUCCCAAGACAUACAGGCCUGAUUAACUCAUCUGUGACUGUGCUUGAUUUUGUGUCUCAUGUGAACUACACCUUUGAAAUAGAAGCCAUGAAUGGAGUCUCUGAGCUGAGUUUCUCCCCCAAGCCAUUCACAGCUAUCACAGUUACCACAGAUCAAGAUGCGCCCUCCUUGAUAGGUAUGGUAAGGAAGGACUGGGCUUCCCAAAACAGCAUUGCCCUCUCAUGGCAAGAGCCUGACUUUCCCAAUGGAGCCAUUCUGGACUACGAGAUCAAGUACUAUGAGAAAGCCUACCCACGGAUAGCGCCGGCAUUUUGGCACUACCUGCGGGUAGAAGAGCAUGAGCAGCUCAGCUAUUCCUCCACAAGGUCCAAGGCUCCAAGUGUUAUCAUCACAGGUCUCAAGCCAGCCACCAAAUAUAUAUUUCAUAUCAGAGUCAGGACUGCAGCAGGAUACAGCGGCUAUAGCCAGAAGUUUGAAUUUGAAACUGGAGAUGAAACUUCUGAUAUAGCUGCGGAGCAGGGGCAGAUUCUUGUAAUUGCCACUGCUGCGGUUGGUGGAUUCACUCUCCUGGUUAUCCUCACUCUGUUCUUCCUAAUCACUGGGAGGUGCCAGUGGUACAUAAAGGCCAAAAUGAAGUCUGAAGAAAAAAGAAGGGCUCAUUUGCAAAAUGGACAUUUGCGCUUCCCAGGAAUAAAAACGUAUAUUGAUCCAGACACAUAUGAAGACCCAUCUCUUGCUGUCCAUGAGUUUGCAAAGGAGAUAGAUCCUUCAAGAAUUCGUAUUGAGAGAGUUAUAGGGGCAGGUGAAUUUGGAGAGGUAUGCAGUGGACGUCUCAAGACACCAGGAAAAAGGGAGAUUCCUGUUGCCAUUAAAACUUUGAAAGGUGGCUAUGUGGACAGGCAGAGAAGAGAUUUCCUGAGAGAGGCUAGUAUCAUGGGACAAUUUGAUCACCCAAAUAUUAUUCGCCUCGAAGGAGUUGUUACAAAAAGAUCCUUCCCAACCAUUGGGGUGAAGUCUCUUUCGAGAUUCCUGAGGGCGGGCUUUUUAAGUAGCAUCCUGGGCCCACAUCCAGUCUCUUUGCCCCCCGGCAUUUCCUCUGGCAGACCAGUAAUGAUUGUGGUUGAAUAUAUGGAGAAUGGAUCCCUUGACUCUUUUCUGCGGAAACAUGAUGGACACUUCACAGUCAUCCAGCUGGUUGGCAUGCUUCGUGGAAUUGCAUCUGGCAUGAAGUAUCUCUCAGAUAUGGGCUAUGUACAUCGUGAUCUGGCAGCCCGUAAUAUUUUAGUCAACAGUAACCUCAUGUGUAAAGUCUCUGAUUUUGGUCUGUCACGAGUGUUAGAGGAUGACCCUGAAGCUGCUUACACAACAAGUGGUGGAAAAAUCCCCAUAAGAUGGACUGCCCCUGAAGCUAUAGCCUACAGGAAGUUCUCUUCAGCAAGUGAUGCAUGGAGCUAUGGUAUUGUCAUGUGGGAAGUGAUGUCCUAUGGAGAAAGACCAUAUUGGGAGAUGUCUAAUCAGGAUGUUAUACUGUCUAUAGAAGAAGGUUACAGGCUUCCAGCUCCCAUGGGCUGCCCAGCUUCUCUCCACCAACUUAUGCUUCACUGCUGGCAAAAAGAGAGAAAUCACCGGCCGAAGUUUACUGACAUUGUCAGCUUCCUAGACAAAUUGAUCCGCAACCCCAGCUCCCUUCAUACCCUAGUGGAGGAUGUACUUGUAAUGCCAGAUUCACCUGGUGAAGUUCCCGAAUAUCCUUUGUUUGUUUCAGUCAUUGAUUGGCUAGAUUCAAUAAAAAUGGGUCAGUAUAAAAAUAACUUCAUGGCAGCGGGUUUCACAACUUUGGAUGUGGUUUCAAGAAUGAGCAUUGAUGACAUUAGGAGAAUUGGAGUUGUACUCAUUGGACACCAGAGACGAAUAGUGAGCAGUUUACAGACUUUGCGAUUACACAUGAUGCACAUACAGGAGAAAGGAUUUCAUGUAUGAAAAUACUAGAAGCAACUUUGUUUUGUGCCUCAGCAUUUCUAAAAUGGAAGAUAUUCUCAUUCCUCCCUUACGUUCCUCCCAACUUCAAGAACUGCAGUCUCCCGUUCAGACUAUAAACACACACUUUUACGUUAAUGCUUCCAAUGUGGAAUUUUUAAUCACAUGGCAUAGUUCCUCCAUCAGUUACCUGCCAAUACAAUCCUGGCGCACUGCAAGACUAUUGCUACACACUCGUGAAUAACUCAGCAUGGAUGUGUAACUUUGUAUAACAAUAUUUGGAACACUUUCAUGGACUUCUUUGAAAGUGAUAGCCUAUUUGGCCUGGUGUGGCUUCCUUAUUGAUGUAUUUAGAGUUUGAUGGUAAAUCAAAAAGUAAUUGACUUUUUUCAUGUUUUGUGAUCAUGUAGCUUCCAAUAUCAAAUGUGCAAUCAGAAAAAAAAGUUUGACAUAAAUAUUUAUUUUAUCUCUUAACUAAAUCCAAAUGUAUGGGUCAGAUUGUUACCUUAACUUUGUAAUAGUUUAAAUGCUGGUAAGCUGGUGCCUGAAAAUGUUAGAAUUCUUUGCAGAAAUGACCAGUGAUUUCAUGUAGUGAAUUCUUGUUAUGUGUGACUAACUGGGGUGCAGAUUAGAAAGAACUGAACUUUAAAUCUUCAUGAGGCCCUGGGUUUACAUUUAUUUGUAUAAGCAUCUGACAUUAUUUUAUCCUUUAUAGAGUUGGUUGCAAAAUUGGUUCAUUAUUAGAAUUUUUCUCCAUUUUUCAUCCUUUUUUUAUACUAAAUAUCUGCCUCUACCACAUGGUGAGUAACCCUUGGAAAGGCUGUUGUAACAAUUCUUAAGCCACACAGAAUAUUCAGUUGUCAGCUAUACUGCACACUGCAGUCACGUAGACUUCACAGAGCUUUCUGCUUCAAAACCCCAGGCCUCUACUACUGCAGCUAAUGGAGAAGUUCCAUUUAGUAGUUUUAGGACUCAUAUAACUUCUGUCCAGCCAUUAGGGGGAUGAUGUGAACCUCAUACUUGAGCAGGUCUGCCAUACCAUCCACAAGAGAUCAGUGGAACACAAACAAAUUAAUCAGUACUGUAAGUUACGCUAUGUAAGAAUGCGGCAUUAGUUACUACAUUAUAUGUAGGCAAAGAGAGAAGCCUGGGACAGCAGUGUAAUAAUAUGUUGCCUUGAGUCUACUUUUAUAUGUUUGCUGUUAGAAGUAAAAAGCAGAUGAUGAUGAAAUGGAUUUCUAGUUAUUAACUAGCUGGUCUUCAUUUAGUACAAACGUCUAACUGACGUCUAAGAUAAUUCUCUUUAAAACUAGAACUGUAUAAUAGCCAUAUUUACAUGCAAGAAAAUGGAUGCAAAGGCCGAGCACAAUAUUUGUACCUCUAUAAAACUUAAACCUUUCAUGCUCUAUUCAGAUGACAUACAUAGAUAUAAUGGGCUACAUUUUCAAAUCUUGCAUGAGAUAUGUGCUACUAUGAACCAUGAAAUGAACGCGUCUGCAUGCUCUGAAAGCCACACACAUUUUUACAUGCAUGUCACAUGUAAACUGGGUAUAGAUGUUUGUGUUAAUUUGUAUAUCAUUUUUAAAGUUUGGUGGAGCAACAAUAUACUUGAGCAUUAUUAAUUUUUAGUUAAAAAGAGCAUUUGGGGCAAUUAGUAAAAUGUAUAUGUAUUACAAAAUGAAUUAACCAGACUAAGUAAUCAUAAUGAUAUUUAUUGCUUAAUUUGCAGCUUAAAAAGCAUACUUCUUGACACUGGGAAAAAGCUGCUGUUCUAUAUGGAAGGCAGAGAAGGAAGAGCAGGAGAAGAUUCAGAAAGGUUUAUCCUUAUAACCAGGUUCACAGAGUAAGACACAGUGGGUCUGAUUCACUGCUGUUACUCCACUUUUAUGCCGGUGACUCCACUGAUUUCAACAGAGUAAUAGUGGUGAAUCAAGUGCAUUUUUUUGUUUUGUUUUUCUAAACUUCUAAUAGAGGAAUAGAUUUCCUAAAGAUAUAGAUUCACUAGUAUCUUUGAAUGCUAAUUUGCUGAAUAUGUUUCAAGAAUUUAGACCCCAGUCCCCACAAACACAUACAAGAGUAAAUUUGUGCACGUGAGAAGUCCCAAUGAACUUGACAGUAUUUCCAGGAUCAAGGGUCCUUAAAUUCAGGAUCAAAGGCACUUAAUAGAACAAACUAACUUUAGUUCUUCUCUGUGAGGCGCUCUCUCGUAAAUUUCUGCCCAAAUUUCAUAUUUUAUUUUUUGUUAAGUAGGGUUCUCUUAUGGAACAAAAAGCAUACCAUUUUUUCCAUGUUGUAAGACUUUUUUUUUAAAGUAAGAACUUCAGAUUCAAAUCUAAAAGUUGAUUUUCAUUUACUAUUUUGCUUACCCUUUUGCCUGUCGUUGCUUCCAUCUCCAUCAAGGUGCCAUUUGGGGAAGAGAUCUUUGCAAGCAGCUUUUUAAAUAUGUAACGAGGAAUGGGAGUCCAGUAUUUGUUAAGAGGUACUCAAAAUUAAUCCAAACCAUAUGGGUGAAUUCUUGCGCUCAUAUGUAUGUUUGUUCAUUUUUGGAAGUGUGGAUGCAAAGCUGCAUGUUACAUAUACAUUAACCUGGAUAUGUCUCAUGAAAUUAAUUUCCAGAUUUAUCACACUUUUGAAAAUAUAUUUUCAAUAGAACAAUAUAAUAACAAUAUUAAAACAUUUAUUAAUUAAAUAUAUUUUUAUAAAAACAAGAGUUUAAGUAACCAGGGAAGGAGUGACAGAGGAUUCUUUUGGUGAUGACAUUUAUUUGAGAAAAACAACAACCUAAGAAUCAUCUCCUAGAGUUUGUGGGUUUCUAUGGAUGGUUUUUAUUGUGCUGCAUAAUUCUUUCUUAAUAAUGAUCUUGAUCAAACUUACAUGUCCCCAGCUUUAGAAACUGCAUUUUUACUCUUGUUCGAACAUGAUGCCCACUCCACUGUUUCAACAUACAAAAGAAAUGCAAUGAGGUUUGGGUUUUUUUUAAUAUGCUGGUGUUGUCUUUUCAAAUGUGGACACUUCUGUGCAGGCUACUAAUUUAUGCACAACAUUACCAGCAGCUUCCACUAAAAUGGAUGACUGUUUCGCCAGAUGAAAAUUAGCUGCUCUUAGCAUAUGCAAUUAGCAUUCAAACUGAUUUACUAGGCUGUUCUUAAAAAUCUAGCUCUCGUGCACACCAUUGGGUAACCAAAACUGUUUGUUGAAAAUGCACAGAAUAAAGGGAGUGUGAGAGAGACAAAAGCAAAAAUGUAUAUUAAAAUGUGGACAUAGGAAAAUUUACUGAAAUAGUAAUUUACAGGUGAAGUCUCCACAUACAUUCUUCUCUAGGAUUUUAUUGUUGUUCAUUUUGAAUGAAAUAAAUCCAUCUGCUAUUGGCCUACACGGGUUCUUUGCACCAUUUAAGCCUUCAAAAUAGGGCUCAAGUGAUACUUAUGUAGUGAACAGUUCUUGUGCUGGCCCUCUACAAAGGGAUGAAUUUCAUCCCUAGUCCAUACUACUGACGAUAGUUUACUUGAAAUGAGAUAACUACACAAACCCAGGUCUGUAAUAUAUUCUGUCCCUGAGAUAUUUGCACACAACUGGUAGCAUUCGAGUCAUUGAGAAGAUGAGGAUUUCUCAUGAGAUAAAAGGAAGGGAAUUUAGGAGAAAUUAAGGAGAAUUAAGAAUUUAGGAGAAAUUAAAUUUGCCCUCAUGAACAAGUUGCCUCCGUUAUGUUUUCCUUCAACAUAACUUAUACAUGAUCAGUAGCAGCUCAUAUGUAGGCUUCAAUCACAAGUAUUAUGUUUAUUCUUGGCCAUCAGCCAGACUUUAUGACAAAAUAUGUACAUUUUCAACAUUAAAUGAUCCUUUAAUUGAAAAUAGUAGAUUCAAACACAAAUUCAAAAUGCAUAUAUUAUGAUCAUAUUUGUUACUUUGGCCUACCUACUCUUCAAGUUUGUCCUAAACUUUGGUAGACAUCUGUUGGACUGAUCACCACUUACACAGGAAUAUUUCAAUAUACUGAAGUAUUUUGAUGAUCUUUAACUUAGAAUUAUCUGUUUUCUGUUUCUUUAAAUAUAAUGGACAUGUUCGUUAGCUGCACCAAGCUUAUUGUCAGUGCAGCAGGAAAGGGCCCCAAAUGUGGCUCUAAUGUAACUUUUAGGUUUCUCCACCCUGGGGCUAGCUGAGGGUGUAACUGGCCCCCAGCACAAGUUAGAGCAGGUACAAGUAACUUCCAUGGCUUGGAAUGGUACCAUAGGGUCCAUUCUGGCAUUUGGGGGUUGCUGUAGCAUAGCACAUUCUGGCCAAAAUGCCCUCAUGACUCUAACUCAUCUUGGAAUACCCUCUGCACAGAGUGGGGGAAAACAGGUAGCAAUUGAGCUGGCUACACCUGCUUUAUGCUAUAUGGGGACUGAGAGAAAUAUCCAGAUCCCCUUUUAGGGCAGUUUUUUAAGUCCCAUUUAAGUCCCCUAUAACAGAAACAAAACACUUGCCCAAAAGACAUAUUCCAUGCAUUUGGAGUCCACAAAUCUCUUCCUCCUUCACAUAUAAUCCUUAGAAGAUAGUAGAACAUACUGUUCAGACAAGAAUACUGUGGUGGAAUAUAGGUCCUCAGAUUACAGACUAGGUUACACAGAGCACAGUAUGGCUAUAAAAGUGUGUGUGUGUGUGUGUAUUAUAAUUGAGAUUUUCAAAAGUGGACUACUGAAUUUAAUUAUACAACUGUUGUUAAAACUAAUGGGACUUGUGUGGCUAAAUCCCCCAGUCAGCUUUGAAAAUUUCAGUCACUGUGUAUCAUGUGUGUAUAGUUCCUGGAUUCUUAUCUAAAAAUGUACAUCCCCAAAUAAAUAUAUUAAGAAGUGCAGAAGAGUGGGUCUCAAACUGUGGUCUAUGGAGAGCUGGCUGGUCACAUGAUACUGGCCCUCCUCCUAAUUCCAGUCACUAAAUCACAUUAAAAACAUUGAACACUGUCCUAAUGAUACUUUUCUAUGUGAAUAAUUAUUGUAGUUGCUGUAGGGAUUUGAAGUGAUCAUGAAUGGUAGGGGAGGUGUUCUUGAGCCAAUCUCUCUGUCUGUAUUGUAAAAUAAACGUUAAGAUCUCCUGCUGUAGUAGCCCAAGCUGCUUAUACAGGAUAAAUUAUUCUCUUUUAAAUGUCAUCUUAUAGGAUCUCAUCCUCCCAUCCCCAGAUAAUUUAAGGGAAAGUCUCAAGGCAAUGGGACUUGACAGAUUUUUUAAACAAGAUGUAUUCAAGUUUAGAAAAGACAAUAGACAAAAGCUUAUUAUGGAGAUACAUUUGGUUUAAAAUAAAUAGUAAGCACUACAAGACUAUAAAUCAUAUUUUCUUAUUUUAUUAUGUUAAAUAAUGACACCAGUUCACAUAAGAGUAUCUCUGUGUGUUUUGUUAAGAUGUUCUGUAACAAUAUCAUUCAAUUUUCCCUUAUUGCAAGGGAUUUCUCAACUGUUCCUCUGUUCUAUAAAGACCUCUUCUAUUAUCCCUGUAUAAUUAAAUGAGAAGCUAAGGAUAUGGAAAACUUUAUAUUAAAGCAUCAGAGGUCAGUGUUAGUCUGGAUCUAUAAAAGCGGCAAAGAGUCCUGUGGCACCUGAUAGACUAACAGACGUAUUGGAGCAUAAGCUUUCGUGGGUGAAUACCCACUUCGUCGGAUGCAAGUGAGUAUUCACCAACGAAAGCUUAUGCUCCAAUACGUCUGUUAGUCUGUAAGGUGCCACAGGACUCUUUGCCACUUUUAUAUUAAAGAAACCAAUCCCAAAAUCAUUUCAAGCUCUUUUCUCUACUAUUUUUGCUGUGUCCCUAAUGUGUGAUUCACGUCCCACAUUUAGGCAAUGUCAGGUUAGGUGCUAUGUCUGUAUCUCAGAAAUAAUAUAUGUACUAUACUAAGUUGCUAUACAAGGCCCCAAAUCUGCAAACACUUAAACACACAUGACUUCAAUAGGACUACUCACAUGAGUGAAGUUAAGCAUAGAUUUAAAGUGUUUGCAGGAUUGACGCUUUAAUAAGUAUGUAUAUAAAGCAACAUUAGAUAAUGCUAAUUUUAUGUUUUUUCUUUCAACUUCAAAACCAUAUUUUGUUUACUUGAGUAGAGGUCUAAUCUAUGUGGCAUUUUUAGAAAAUCUUCUGAUUAUAUCUUUCUUUAAUAUGUUGGAAGAUUUUGUUCAGUUUCUGACUGUCUUUAUUUAGGGAAUUCCAUUUGUUUCUGUAAAUAUUCUCCUCUUAAAUGCACAGCAGGAAGUUAGCUAAUUCUCCACAUUUACUAAUAAAAAAAUUAAUGGGUGUAACAAGACCUCUUCAUUAGUGGUGAUUUAGUGAGCCUAGUAUGUAUGAAGUAGAGAGAAGAUCAAACCAAAAUCCUGGACUCAGACUCCUAAACUUUGGAGAAGUUCAGAACUUCAUUUAAAUGUAAAUUGUAUGGUGGCUGGGUCCUAUAUAAUAUAAUGAGCUAAACCUGAACCUGGAUCUGAACACCCUCAAAGUUUGGGAAAUUCCAAACUGGAAUCUAAAUUUUGAGAUGAUGGCUCAUUUCUGGUUGUGAAUUAUGAAGACAGUGUGCUUCAAAUCAGCCUAGGUGAAGUAAUAUUUUCACAAUAUUAUCACACUAAGAUGAUUUGAUGAUCUAGUUUGCUGGCUAUUAAGAAAAAAAAUCUAUUUGCUGGUUCUCCAGAAUCCAGCCUGUGACAAUAGUAGGCACCAUCAUUAUAGCUUAGAAUUUUCAAUAAACAAGAUUCUCUUUUAUGAAUGUAAUGUUAUAAUAAUUGGUAAUUCUAACUGUUCUGCACUUCUUAUAACUACGUUUUGUGAGCAGCCCAAAUAACAGUAAAGAGUAUAGCUGACCAAUUAUGAGAGCCCUAAAAGCCCACAUUUCAGUUCUUCUAAUGCAAAUUGAGCUCUUGCUGGUUAUGGUCAAAAGGUGAAAAAGAAAAAAAACACAAAUUUUGUUAAUAUACUGGAUGCUUUGUGCUAUAUAAUUUAUAAUCAAUUUACAUGACUGGAAAAGUGAUCAGCUGAAGCAGACAAACUGUAGUUAUUGUUUUAAAUUUGUACAUUAUUAUUCAUUAAGCACUAACUGCAGGUUCAGUGCUGUAAAACUGCUAUACAAUUAAGGAGACAUUUCCUGUCUUGUGAAUCUUUUAGUCGACUUGAUCUCGUGCAUUUAAAACCCCGCUGGAAAGAAUAAUGAAUUUUAAUAGUAGAAUCCUGUAAUGAGAGUGAUUACUGUUACUGAUGUAAAUAGUGUGAUGAUUUGAAGUUUGUGGGACAGUGGGAAAAUGUCAAUAGGGUCCAAUCUUGCUCCUGCUGAAGUUAAUGGAAGUUUUGUCAUUAACUUCAGUGACAGUAGAAUGAGGCUCUAAGUAAAUUAUACAUAUAAUGAUCAGUCCAGACCGUAUAAACGAGUAUUUUCCCCAUCUAUUAGCACUGUUCAAUUGUUGCUAAAGGCCAAACUUGUAUUAGUAACCAUGCUCUCUUGUGAUGUAAACGGGACUUGUUUAAUGAUUCUUUAUUAAUACUUACAAGAUAUGGAACUCUGUCACUUAGGGUCUGCUCCAAAGCCAUUUCAAUGAGUGAAAAUAUGUCAAUUGAUUGAAAUGGGCUCUUGAACAGGCCUUUAGAGCUAGGAGAUUGCUGUGGGAAAAGGAAGAAAUACCCUACCUGAAUGCUGGUGAGAGAGGACACUGAGCAUAACCAGUUGUAGCUCAGGGAGUGACAGAAGCUACCUUAUGGUUACUUUCUGCAUGACAGAGCUGAGAUCUGGCGAGGAGGAAAUGCUCUCUAUACUCUCUCCUCCCCAUUCGUGUACCUGAAGAGGGAUGCCAUAAUUUAGCCCACAAUAAGUACUAUUAAAGAAAACUUCAAAUACUGUACUACAUAUAGUAGUACAUCUAGUAAUUCUAUAACUAUAUCUCCUCAGAAAUAAUAUCCACAAGUUAAUUUAUGCAAUUUAGAAGAAAAUCACUCCCAAAUAAACAGAACCUAUCAACCCAAUGCAAAUGUUUGUAUAGUAUUUCUUGUUUUAUUAUCUCCCUAAGGUGACACACACCAUGAUAACCUAUGACCUACCCCUCUUAAUAUUAUUCAUUACUGGUAAUUUUCCUCUUUGUAGGAGUUUGUUUCCUCUAUGUAUCUUACAGAUACGCCCAAAGAUUCAGAAAAAACACCCUUAGUGCAUGGUGCCCAAAGUAAUGUGAGAGGUUUAAAAUCAUUUAGCAUGAUUUUAACAUCAGUUAAUGAAGGGUACUGUUACAAAUAAUGUGAAAAUAAAAAUGUUUCUCCUAGGGGAUCUCUUUAUUGGACUCCUGAUUCAAGUCCAUAUUUCGUGGGGAUCGCAUGGUUUUGAAAACUCCCAAGACAUACACCCAUCAUCCAUUUGUAGAACUUAUGACAGAUACCUUUUCUACUCCCUGUCCCUCAGAUGGGUGAGUUAAGUUUGAACUAGAACCUUUUCAUUUAAAGCUACCAAUUAUUUUAGGGCUGUUUUUUCUUUCACCUUUUACAGCAAUGCUUAUCAUGGAAGCAAAAGACCACUCUGACUGUGGUGGCAACAUUUAUCCCUGGGAUAACUCCAGUGAAGUUACUAUACUACUGCAGGGAUGAAUGUGGUCCUGAGUUCUUAGCUAAGGCUUCAUUCCUGCUCCUGUGGAAGUCAAUGUCAAAACCCCCAACUACUUUAGUAGUACAGAAUACAUCAUGGACAUUACUACUGAAAUUGAAAGCCUAUUAAAUCAGCAAAAAUAUGGCUUGAUUCUGACAGGUGCUGUGCAUCUGCAACUCCUAUUGACUUCAGUAGGACUGGCAGGCACUCUGCAUCUCUGAAAAUCAUGUGUAGUUUGCGGAAGCACAAAACUACUUUGCAAAUACUCCAAUGCAGCAGGAAAAAAAAGGUCUUAAAAGGUUGGGUUUUUUUUAAAAAAAGGUCUUGUGAUACUGAAAAUCUGGAUGUGCCAAUUUACUAAUUGGCAAAGGAGUAUCUUCUAGUAAAGCAACUUUAAUUUGGUCAAAGAUGGCAAAAAUUCUGCUUCAUCUAAUUUUGUCUUCAAGAUUAUUUUUAAAAUAUGCUAUUUCCAUUUAGAGAAAAUAUGCAGAAAACAUAGUUGUUCCCCUCAAAAAGUUAGUUUUGAUUUUGACAUGGAAGGUAGCAGUCUUUCUAGUUGUGUUUGGUACAUUUUCUCAGGAUAGCCUCUAAUUCUGUGUAUUAGGCUUUAAACAUGUAUGAAUUCAAAGGGGUUUUUAAUCUCGUCUUUGCUGUGAAAUUAGGUUGUACAUGAUUAAAUAUGACCGCUCAUCAUAGUUUGCUGUUCUAGCAUAGCUAUAAAAUGUGUUGAUGUAUGUGUAUAUAUAUAUAAAAAUAUAUAUUUGAUGACAGACACUUUAGGCAAUAUAUAAACAGCCAUGUCAAAACUUAAAAGAUAGAUGACAUCUAAAGCUGCAGUAUAAUCAGACUUGAAAAAUACUUUACAAGUAAACAAUGGCCUCUGCACAGAUCUUUAUCAAUACUCUGAAAGCCACCUCUUUAGAAAGUUGCCAGCUAAUACUUGUGUUUUGGCACUGCUUCCUUUCUCCUUAGAGAUACAUUUGACUAUUGAGAACUACCUGUAUCUAAAUCACCUUUCUUCCCAUAUAAAAGUGGCCCUUGGGUGUUGUACCUUUAAGUUGUGCCAUUCAGUGAUUCUGAACAUUGAAAAAUGUGCCUGUGUAAUACUCCAAACAGCAAGUGAGAUCCAAUAUUUCUGAGAGACAGAACAUUUCACAGCUGGCAUAAUUAUUUUCCUCUUGGGACUGCCUCACUAUUUCAAAUUACUUUUCUUCAUGUAAUAUGCCUCGCACACAUGUUCCAAAUGCAUUUUGGUUUCUCUCAAGUUAUAGCAGUGUUGGGGAAAUAACUGUGAAAUAGAAAGUUUAAAAUACUGAGCUUCAAUCCCAAGAAGAAUGUGGGAACCUAUGUACUUUACAUCUGAGGUGAAAUAGUUCAUAUUUACUUGAAGGUGGUAUUAUUUUCCUUAUUUUUAAAUCUACUAUUAUGAAGAUAUGAUGUUACAUGUAAAUUUUCAUGUGCUGGCAUGCCUACAAAUUAAUAGUGUAAUAGACUGCUCAGCUCUCAAAACUAGGGCAUUUUUAAGGUGAAUUGCAUUCAUAUGCCAUCUAUUUGAAGAACGAAUAUGGGGUUUGGCAAAGCUACCUGCUGAGCAACAUAAUAAGAUUUUUGUACAAAGUACAAGUUACUGAUUAUUAUUGUAUUUUAUUUUUCUAUGAUUUCCUAAGAGGCAUUAUCAGGUCUUACAGAUGGAGUAAGCCUGUUUAUUAAGAUAUUUAUUAGCAAAUAAAAGUUACAGUGGUGGUUA